AUGGAAAUAGAUAAUAAUGAAUUUGAAAUUUCAUUUUGGAAAGUUAUUCAUAAUAAAUAUUUAUUCGAUAGAAUAAUUAAUUAUAUUCAAUGUUUAGAAUGGGUUAAUUAUGAUGAUUACAACCAAUUACAUAUCGAAAAUAGAAUAAAAUUUAAAAAUAUUAAUUCCCUAAAAUGGAUGAUAAAUAAUAAUCAAUUAGAAUUAUUAAAAUAUAAAAUUAAAAUAAAUGAUGAAUUUAUCAAAAUUACUGAAAAUUCAUUAAAAUUAUUAUUUUCUAAUUUUGGUUUUCAAACAUCGGCAACCGAUGAAAAAUUAAAUGAAAUUUUAAUUUUUUUAUUAAAAUAUAGAAAAAGAGAAUUAGUACCAUUCGAUUUAGUUGAUAUUGGUAUUAAAUGUUUAAAUUUAAAUGUUAUUAAAUUUUUAACUUCUGAACCUUACUCUUUUCAAAUAUUUCAAUCAUCUUUGGAAUGGGUAGUAAUAAAUUCAAAUUCUUUAUUUUUAAAUGAAUUAUCAAAUUUAUCAGAUACAAUUUCUCAAACAAUUAAAAUAAUUUCUGAAAGAAAUGAAAAUGAAAAAAAAAUAUUAGAUUCUAUAAAUCAAAGUGAAUCUAAUAAAAAAUUUCAAAUUUCAAAUUCAUCAUUAUCAUCAACAAUAACAACAACAUUAGAUUCUAAAUCACCUUUCUCAUUUGGUUCAUCAUUUGGUUCAUCAACAUCACCAAUACCACCAAAUCCAACAAAUACACUUAUACAACCAACACCGUCACCACUAGCUUCUAAUAGUUCCUCUCCUAUAUCAACAACCUUUAAACCAACAUCAUUUGGGUUUUCUACACAAUCACAACCACAACCACAACCACAACCACAACCACAAUCACAAUCACAAUCACAACCACAACCACAAUCACAACCAACCCAUAGCGCAACGCCGACAAUAGCACCAUUUGGCUUAUCCUCGCAACCAACACCAACACCAGGUUCUUAUAGUUCUCUUCCUGGAUCAACAACAACAACAACCUUUAGACCAACUUCAUUUGGUUUUUCUUUAAUUUCACCACAACCAACACCAAUAUCUGCACCAAUUGGUUUUUCAACACAAGCACUAUCACAACCAACACCAACAAGUGCACCAAUUAGUUUUUCAGCGCAAUCACAACCACAACAACCACAAUCACAAUCACAAUCACAAUCACAAUCACAAUCACAACCACAAUCACAAUCACAACCACAAUCACAAUCACAACCACAAUCACAAUCACAACCAACACCAACAAGUGCACCAAUUGGUUUUUCUACACAAUCACAACCACAGCCACAAUUACAAUCACAAUCGCAAUCACAAUUUGGUAGUUUUAAAGCUGAAAAAGUUAUUAUAAACCCAAAAUUUAUUUCAACUUUUUCUCAAGGUUCAUUUAGUAAUAAUAAUUUUAAUAAUAAUAAUAUUGACCAAUUUAUAGAAUUAAGUGAAAUACUUAGAUCAUAUGAUUUAGAGCGUUUUAAAAAUUAUUUAUUAGAAAAUAAAUCAAAUAUGGAUAAUAUUAUAAUUAAAGUUAAUAAUCAUAAGAAAAUGAUGGGAGAAAAGUUGGGAAAUAAUAUUGAUAGAUUUUGUGAAUUUAUGAAAUUUUAUACAUCAAAUAUAUCAUUUAAUAAUAUGGAUUUUGAUAGACUCAUUCAAAAUUAUAUAUUUUCAACAUCAACAAAUCAAGAUGAAUUUAAUAAAAAUAUUGAAAAAACAAUUUCAUCAAGUAAUACAAGAUUAUUAAAUCUUUUACCAAGUAAAUGGAAUCAAUUACUAUUUGAUACUUUUAAUUUUUGUUUAGAUCCAAUUGGAAAAACUUAUUUUUCAAUUGAUAAAAAAGAAACUAUAGAUUGGAUUUUUGAAAAUUUAAAAAAUCAAUAUUUUAUUCAAAAUUUAAUUCAAUCAAAACAAGUUGGAUUUCUUGAUUUCUCAUCACUUGAAAUAAUUAAUUAUGCAAAAAAUAAAUUUAAUCAAGUUAGUGCUGAUAUAAAUUCAACAACAACAACAGCAACAAUAAAACCAAUCAAUAAUUUAAAUGAAUUUUUUACAAAUUCAGAAAAAGAAUUAUCAUUUAUUUACAGAUAUUCAUUUUUUAAAUCAAUUGGUGAUUGUAAUUUUGACCAAUUACAAUUUAUAACAUCAUUAAAAAUGAAUCCAAUUGAAUGUUAUCGUGAAAAUAGUAGUAAUAAGAAUGGUAGUGUUUGUGGUAGUGAUGUAAGAAAUGAAAAAUUUUUAAAAAGUAAUUUAAAGAAACAAUCAACUGAAAAUUUAAUUAAAUUAAUUGAAAUAUUAAAUAAUUGUGAUUAUAAAAUCUUUUCAUCAGAAUUAUUUUUUAAAUUUCUUUCAAUAAUUGGUAAUCAUUGUGAAAAUAGUGAAUUGCUUUUAUCAAAAAUUCAAUUUUCAUUUACCAAUUUAGAUAAACAUUUUGAACAAUAUUCUUUAAAUAUCUUUAUGGAUUCAUUGUUAAAUAAUAUUAAUAUUAUUAAAUUAUUUUUUAGAAAUGAUUUUAAUCCACUUAAAUAUUUAAAUCAAAUUAAAAGAAAUGGAACGACAGUAAUACCAUCAAAUUUUAUUUUCAGUAUUGACCAUUACCAACCAGAAUCAUAUAAUAAUAAUCAUAAUAAUAUUUUAGUUGGUAUUUUAAAUCAAUCAACAACUGAAUCAUUUGAAAUGAUAAUUGAAAUAAUUAAACUUUUAUUAAAUAAUUUUCAAAUUGAUAUUAAAGUUCAUAAACAAAAAGUUGGAAUUCAACAACAAAAAUCAUUAGAUGAGCAAGAUCCUUUACAAAGAGAUAUGAAAAUGGUAAUUCCACAUUCAUUAUUAACCAAUUUUAAUCAAUAUUUCAUUUCAUUAGAAAUGAUUAUAAAUUAUUUAUUUAAAAAAUUAAUUCAAAUUAAAGGUUUACCAAUUAACAGAUUAGAAUAUAUUUAUAAAAUAAUUAAAAAUACAAGUGUUGAAAAUUUUUCAAUAGUUUUAGAUCAUUCAAUUUUUCAUUCAAUUUAUUAUUUAGCAAUUAAAUCACCAAAAUUAGUUAAAUAUAUAAUAAUUGAUAGUUGUUAUAAUAUUGUAAAAUAUUUAGAUCCAAAAAUAUAUAAUUUUAAUUUUAUUUUUGGUGAAUUAUUACCACAAGAAAAAGAAGAAAAAGAAGGUGAAAAUAUUGAAAAUUUAAUUUUAAAAUUAAUUUUAGAAUUAUCACAUCAACCAGUUAUAAUGAGUGAUAAAUCAUUAUCAAAUAAUUAUUAUACAACAGGUUUAAAUUAUAAUUUACAAUUUUAUUUAGAUAUACAUAGAAUUGGUUUAUUUUUUAAACAACUAGAUUUUAUUCAAUCAUUAUUAGAUGAUGAAAAUUUUAAAUUUGGUGAUUUUCCAAAUGGAAUUGUUAAAAACCUUAAAAUUAAAAAUAUUGGUACUUGUGAUUCAAUUGAAUGUUGUCAACAACAACAACAACAAAAUGAUAAUCAUUUAAAACCAUUAUUAAAUAAUAGAUGUUUUCAUUAUAAAGAUUUAACAAUUCAAAAAGCUUCAAAAGUAAUGAACUCUCAACAAUUUUUUAAAUUUAUUAAAUUUUGUAAUUAUCAUUCAAUAUUUUCAUUUUUAUUAAUCUACAACGAUGAUCUUUUAGAAUUUGAAACAAUUAAUCAAUUAUUAAAUCAAUCAUCAAUAAUUAAUCAUUUAUUAAUUAAUCAUUAUGAACCAAAUCAAGAUAUUGAUUAUCAAGAAGAAUUUGAAAAUCAAGAUGAAAUUAAAAAUCAAGAUGAAAUUGAAAAUCAAGACGAAAUUGAAAAUCAAGACGAAAUUGAAAGUCAAGACGAAAUUGAAAAUCAAGACGAAAUUGAAAGUCAAGAUGAAAUUAAUGAUAAAGAUAAAGUAGAGCCGAGUGAAAAAGAUGAUAAUUCAGAUGUUUCAGAAUUUUGGUUAGAUUUAAUUGAUUAUUGUGUAUAUGAUUGUGAAAAGAUUGAAUUUUUAUUUAUCAAACAUCCAAAUUUAUUAUCCUUUAUUCCAAUUGAUAAAAUUUUAGAUAGAGUUUUACAACCAGGUACAAAUUACAAUUAUAAUAUAGUUUUAACAGAUUUAAUAGUAAAUCAUAUUAAUAAUAAUAAUAAUAAUCAAGAUAACCCAAUCAAUUGUAAAGACAUUUUACCAUUCUUUAAAAUUACAAACCGAAUAAUUGAUGAUGCAAUUGUUGCAAAAAAAAUUUAUUAUUUAAAAUACAUUUACGAAAAUGGUUUUAUUGAAGAAAAUGAACUUUUGCAAUAUUUAAAAGAUAAACUUGCAAAUAAUUCAGAUUAUAAAAAUCUAAAUUGGUUUAAUUAA